GCACCGAUGUCGCCGAAGAAGAAGGAGGCCGCCUUCCUUCUCUCCGCCGUCAAACCGCCCCAAACCAGAAACGAGCAGCAGCAAAGAGGCAUGUCGAGCUCCUACGAUUGGCAGCCGUCCUUCCCGUCCUCCUCCCGCUUGUCGCGAGAGCAGGAGACGUCCGUCAUCGUCUCCGCGCUCGCUCACGUCGUCUCCGGCUACGCCACCGCUCCCGCCCAGCUCCCUGUUGCCGAAACCUGCCGCAUGUGCGGCAUCGACGGGUGCCUGGGCUGCGAGUUCUUCUCCUUCGACGAGGACGAGGUAGCCGUCGCGGCGUCGGAGAGCAGAGGAUCUGGCGGGGCGAGGAAGAGGAGGAAGAAGAAGAAGAGUAAGUACCGCGGCGUGCGGCAGCGGCCGUGGGGGAAGUGGGUGGCGGAGAUACGCGACCCGAGGCGGGCGGUGCGCAAGUGGCUGGGCACGUUCGUCACCGCGGAGGAGGCCGCGCGGGCGUACGACCGCGCCGCGCUAGAGUUCCGCGGCGCCCGCGCCAAGCUCAACUUCCCCUUCACGGAUCCGCAGCCGGCGGCGGCUACCCAAGCGGGGCGACUCAACGCGUCCUCCACGGCCGGCCACCCACGAGUCUCGCCACUGCAGCAAGAGAAGCCAUCGAUGGCGGAGCGUGGAAUGCAGGAAAUGAUGAAAGUGUGGGCGCUUAUCGUAUGAUCUGGGACGUGGUGGCGCCGAAGGACGAUGACGACGAUAGAUAUCUGUGAAUUCCAAACGACA